AUGGCCAAGAAUAGGCCCCAGUCGCAACACUCCCGCGCAGCUCGGCGCGCGGCGUCGCCCAGUCUGGACCUCGAUAAAUCUCUGAAGACUUUGCCUCGAGCAGAGUCUCCUACGGUGCAGCGCCCCUCAGUGCUGUCGGAACGUGCAAACUCAGGUGUGCAGAAGAGGCAAAAAAAGGGAAAGAAUAUGACGAAAGCCCAGCGGUUACGACAACAGAAGGGCCUGGAGAGAGCAGAGGCAGUGGUAGAUCAGAUGGAAGUCAAAUUGACCAAGAGCGCGAACCGACAGAAGACAAUUAACUCACGAAGGGCCGCCUGGGAAGAUACGAACCGGAAAUCGACCAUAUUCCAGGCUCUGCAACAGGAGGAGGAUGAGACCGACGAUGACGAACAAGGCGACAAUGCCAUGGCCGAGGACGCCGCACCAUCGCAAUCGAAACCUGUCUUGAAAUCCACUCACACAGUCUCCAACCCGGUCCCAGAAACCCCCGCGCUCGCGGACGAAGACGACGAGAUCACCUGA